ACGUCCAAGAUGGCUGCGCCCAUGCGAUGCUGCGGCCCGGGAGGUUAUAGGCACUGUUGAAUGUGAAAUUACGGUCACUGUACGGAAUUAUGGGCCUAUAUACCCCGCCGUGGAGAGCGCUGUCCCGGCUGGAAUAUGUCUGCCACUCCAGGAUUCGCAUGUGGGGAGCACAUCCAGGGGAUGGACGUGUGGCAUGCGGAGGGGACACCCCGCCUGUGACAGUGCGGGACAAUACUCUGCUUCUCGGGGAUAGACGUAGAGCAGUGCGGGCGGCGUCUUGGAGAACGUCCGGUGUCUGGAGAUGUAACCGGGAGAUGUUAUCAGCCGGUUACCGACCAUGGAGCUCCUGCACACAGGGCACCGCUAGAGGCCAUGGACAGGACCGGAAGUGCCCUGGCUGCGGGCAAGUGCGGCUGUAUAGCGGCGGCCACCGACUGUCAGUCAGUGACGGGUGUAGUCGGACACGCCCUCCAUGGAAGGUCAUGUUCUUUGGCACAGAUGAGUUUGCUCUGGAAUGUCUGAAGAGCCUGAACAAGCAGAGAAAGGCACAAGAGGAAGUAGUUGGAAAACUAGAGGUGGUUUCACUGCCCACCUUAUUGCCAAAAGGUCUUCCAGUGGCGAACUAUGCUUCAGACGAGGGGAUCCCACUCCAUGAAUGGCCUGACAUUGGCCCCUGUGACCAGUUUGAUGUUGGAGUGGUGGCAUCGUUUGGGCGACUCCUCAGUGAAGACCUCAUUUUAAAGUUUCCAUACGGGAUCUUGAAUGUACACCCCAGCCUCCUCCCCAGAUGGCGAGGGCCAGCUCCUUUAAUCCAUACAGUACUGAGUGGAGAUCAGAAGACUGGAGUCACCAUCAUGCAGAUCAGACCAAAGAGGUUUGAUGUGGGACCUAUAGUGAUGCAGAAAACCUUUCCCGUUGCUCCAAAAUGUACCUCUAAGGAGCUGGAAGCUGUGCUGUCCAAGCAGGGGGCUGAAAUGCUUAUGUCCGUUUUGAAAGACUUACCUGAACGGCUAAGAACUGCGACAGAGCAACCAAAAGAGGGAGCAACAUUUGCACCCAAGAUAACGGCUGCCAUGAGCUGUGUCAAGUGGGCAGAACAAACUCCGGAACAGAUCGUUCGACUAGAAUGUGCCAUUGGAUUUGCGAUGCCACUACAGGCCGUAUGGAUGGGUGCACCCAUUAAACUCCUCGACUUUGUAGAAGUUCCAGAUUCCCUAAUCACAUCAGAUUUUCCCAGAUUCCCUGGCUCAAUUAGUUAUCUUUCUGCACCACAGAUCAUGGUGGUUCGGUGUAAGGAUGGUUGGGUGGGCAUCAGGACUGUAAAACUCGGGAAGAAGAUGUCUGCCAAGGAUUUUUAUAACGGUUACUUGCAUCCUUGGUUUGUGAAAAAAUCUGAUAUUCCACUGGAGGAGUGCCGCUUCCACACGCUUCAUCUUCCACCAAAAUCUAAGACUCCAAAGCAGAGAUCUGUUAAGAACACGGGGUGCUAGCACAGCAACCGAGAUGAAGAGUGAAACUACCACAUACAACAAUUCAUGUUUAACAGUGUGCAAUCUAAUAACGUGACUGAAUAACUCGGGCACAAAACAAAAGUCAUUGUAAUUAUGUAUAAUAAAAAGACUGAAAAAAUUGGACAAAAAU